UCCCCUCCAGCUCCCGCCGCCUGCGGCAUUUGAUUAUGCCCGUUUCGUCACCCGCCCAACCACGAUCUGCUGCUCCAGUGUCCCGUUAAAUCUCCCUGCCAGUGUUUUUUCCCUUCUGAUCCUCCCCUUCUGGUCCUGCAUCACACGGGUUCAUCCAGUCCCCAGAACACACAUCCUCACAAUGGCUUCCACCAUGCGCCUGAGCUCCUCCGCUCUGCGGGCUUCCAUGCGCGCGACCCCGAGCUUCACUGCUCGCCACGCCGCCUUUGCUGCCGCCCGCUGCUACUCGUCCAAGACUCAGUCGCUCAAGGAGCGCUUCGCCGAGCUCCUCCCCGAGAAGAUCGAGGAGAUCAAGGCCCUGAGAAAGGAGCACGGCUCCAAGGUCGUCGACAAGGUCACUCUCGACCAGGUCUACGGUGGUGCCCGUGGCAUCAAGGCCCUCGUCUGGGAGGGUUCCGUCCUCGACUCUGAGGAGGGUAUCCGCUUCCGCGGCAAGACGAUCCCAGAAUGCCAGGAGCUCCUCCCCAAGGCCCCUGGUGGCAAGGAGCCUCUGCCCGAAGGUCUCUUCUGGCUGCUCCUGACUGGUGAGGUUCCCACCGAGCAGCAGGUCCGUGACCUGUCUGCCGACUGGGCUGCCCGCUCCGAUAUCCCCAAGUUCGUCGAGGAGCUCAUCGACCGCUGCCCGACCGACCUUCACCCCAUGGCUCAGUUCUCGCUGGCCGUCACUGCUCUCGAGUACACCUCGUCGUUCGCCAAGGCCUACGCCAAGGGUGUCCACAAGAAGGAGUACUGGGGCUACACCUUUGAGGACUCGAUGGACCUCAUUGCCAAGCUGCCCACCAUUGCCGCCCGCAUCUACCAGAACGUCUUCAAGGGCGGCAAGGUCGCUGCCGUCCAGAAGGACAAGGACUACUCCUUCAACUUCGCCAACCAGCUCGGCUUCGGCGACAACAAGGACUUCGUUGAGCUCCUCCGUCUGUACCUGACCAUCCACACCGACCACGAGGGUGGCAACGUCUCUGCCCACACCACUCACCUGGUCGGCUCCGCCCUCAGCUCGCCCUUCCUGUCCCUGGCUGCUGGUCUCAACGGUCUCGCCGGUCCCCUCCACGGCCUUGCCAACCAGGAGGUCCUGAACUGGCUCACCGAGAUGAAGAAGGCUGUUGGUGACGAUCUCAGCGACGAGAAGAUCAAGGAGUACCUGUGGUCGACCCUCAACGCCGGCCGCGUCGUCCCUGGCUACGGCCACGCCGUCCUCCGCAAGACCGACCCCCGCUACAGCGCCCAGCGCACCUUUGCCCAGCAGCACAUGCCUGAGGACCCCAUGUUCAAGCUCGUCAGCCAGGUCUACAAGAUCGCCCCUGGCGUCCUGACUGAGCACGGCAAGACCAAGAACCCUUACCCCAACGUCGACGCCCACUCUGGUGUCCUGCUCCAGUACUACGGCCUGACCGAGGCCAACUACUACACCGUCCUCUUUGGUGUCUCGCGCGCCAUCGGUGUCCUGCCCCAGCUCAUCAUCGACCGUGCCGUCGGUGCCCCCAUCGAGCGCCCCAAGUCCUUCUCCACUGCCAAGUGGAUCGAGAUUGUCAAGAAGUUGUAAGCAGUUUCUAGGCAAAAAGGGUGUGGGUUCGCUGUUGCCUGAGUCCGUGACGAGACGAGCGAUUGACGUCGAAAUGGAAAGAUAAAAAACGAAGGGCAGUAUUUGUAUCAACAUGACGAGGAGUUUUCUUUUGGUUUUUUCACGCCGCGCGUAUUGAGAGAAUGAAGAUAUGCUCCUGCCUUGAUACCAUAACAAUCUGCGCUUGUACAACAGCUAUAGUUACCAAAUACAUGUCAUGACCUCACGCAGA